AUGUCAUUAGUCGGUUCUGGCACCUUAAUUAUCAAACCUCUCAAAGCCAAACUAACUCGUGAUACUGAGUUCCUUGGUAAAAUGGAUCCCUACUGCAAAGUCAUUCUAGGCAACCAAUCACAAAGAACAAGAGAACAUACGGAUGCAGGGAAGCAUCCCUCUUGGAAUCAAUCAUUGAGUUUUAGACGUACUAAUGAAUAUAUCGCUGAAAUCUAAGUUUGGGACUCAGAUGAAGUAAGCAAAGACGAUUUAAUUGGAGAAUGCUCUAUCGCCCUUUAGACUUAUUUAGUUGAUACUCCCAAACCAGCUGAAUGGAUUAAUUUAAGCUACAAAGGCAAAUCGGCUGGAUAGAUCUACAUAUAGUUCGAAUGGUUAUCAGAUUAGAAAUACUAACAGCAACCUUAAAUCCCAUCCAAUCCUUAAUAUUACCAAUAAAACAACGUUAUACCGAUGAAACCACCAGGAGCACCAAAUUAUCAAUAACCCUACAAUUAAUCUAUGUAAUAUCAACAACCCCCAAAUUAUCCACCUUAAUAAGCAUAAUAUCCAUAGUAAAAUCCCUUUGCAUUAACAGGUCUCUAUGGUACAUUAGAAGGUCCAUAAAUCCCAUAAUAAAACUAUCCCCAAUAAGGAUAUGCACCCCCUUACCCUCCUAACUAAUAACCUGGUUAUUAACCAAACACACAAUAACAAUAAGGAUAUCCAAAUUAACCUCCAAACUAUCCACCAAACUAGAAUCCAAACUAUCCUCCAAAUUAACCUCCAGGAUACAAUCCCAAUUAACCCUAAGGAUAUAAUCCAAAUUAGCCUCCAAGUUAAACGCUCAAUUAUCCCCAAAAUUAACCACCCAAUUAUCCACCAAAUAUGCCUCCUAAUUAACAAGGAUAUCCAAAUUAUGCUUAAACUAUGUAACAUAAUCAAUAAGCUUAUCCCAAUCAACCAUAAAAUUACCAAAAUACAAAUUAUCAAAAUCCAACUUAAAAUCAAUAACCUUAUCCUAAUAACCAACCCCCUACUAAUUAUCCAGGUGGUUAACCUUAGAAUUAUCCUAAUAAUUAACCAAUGGGCUAUCCCAAUAAUCAAAUGCCACCAAAUCAAUAAGCAUAGACACAACCACCAAAUCAAGCUCCUGGCCAGUAAUAUCCCAAUGUGCCUCCUCCAAAUCAAGCAUAUCCAAAUGUUCCUCCCGGUUAAUAACCUCCUGCUUAGUAAAAUUAUGUUCCACCUCCACCUUAAGGUCAGUAAUAGCCACCUGCGUUUUAUCCAGGUUAAACGUUGCCUUAAAAUCACAAUUAUCCUAACCAGACGUUGCCGUAGAAUUUCGAUCCGAACAAGAUUCAGAAUCCAAUGGGUAAUUGA